AUGGCAAGCAUGGCUGUUCAGUUACUUGGCUUCUUCCUCAGUCUGUUUGGUCUAAUGGGAACAUUAAUUGCUACUAUAUUGCCUCACUGGUGGAGAACAGCACAUGUGGGCACCAAUAUUAUAACAGCGGUUGCAUAUGUGGAGGGGCUCUGGAUGGAGUGCGUCUGGCAUAGCACUGGCAUUUAUCAGUGCCAGGUCCACCGAUCUCAGCUUGCACUACCUCGUGACCUCCAAGCUGCCCGUGCCAUGAUGGUGGUUUCUUGUGUUCUUUCCACCCUGGGAUGUGUGGUGUCUGUCAUUGGCAUGAAGUGCACUCGGUGUGCCAAAGAGGCCUCUGUCAAAAACUCUAUUGCAGUCUGUGGAGGAAUCUUUUUUAUACUGGCUGGUCUUAUAUGCUUGGUACCCAUUUCUUGGACAACCAAUGACGUAGUCACAGAUUUCUACAACCCCAUGCUUUACCUUGGCUUUGUCUCUGCAUCUUUGACUAUACUUGGUGGAGCUCUACUUUGUACAUCAUGCCAAGACAGUGAGAACAACAUCCCUUAUCAGCCACAACCACAAGGUGCCACAGGGGGUGUUCCCUUAUAUAGACCACCAACUGCCUACAAGGGAAACCAUGCUUCUUCCCUGACAUCUGCUUCACAUAGUGGCUACAGAUUAAAUGACUAUGUGUGA